UGCCAUUUAUAUAAAAGCUUUAGAAGUGAAUGAAUAUUCUAAGGAGAGCAACACAUUUAAAAUGAAGGUCUUAAUCAGCGUAGUGGUGUUUUUAUGUCUGAAUGUAACAGUACUGUGUCAAACUCCUCCACCUCGUCUCUGCAAGUUGAACGAAGAGCAGUUGAAGAAGUACGUCGAAUGCGAACGUAGGGAGUUCCCUGUGUGGGUUUUAGAAGUAAUUGACAAGUGCAUAAAUGAAAUUAUGCCUGGUGCUACUAACCUCGAGGUGGUAAGGAAAGCGUGUGAAGAUGGAGAAACUGCAAGAAUGUUGUUCAUGUGCGUCAGUCCAUCCAUUAAGGAAAUAGAAGAUGAACUUAACCAGCUUGUUGAAAAGUGUGCGCGCGAGGCGGAAGGUUAAAAUACUUUAUGAAACCUGAGCUUCUAUAUGCACGAGACCAAGCCACGUGCGAGUUUCUUGAUUAAAACAAACAUUUUGCUUUUUAUGAUCUUUAGUUAUUGGUAGUUGUUUCGGAUAUAUAUAUAUAAUUAGCUAACAUUUUAAGAUUUACGUUGUCGUAAAUAUUUCAUGAUAAAAUACAUUUUGGGGGUUUUAAUUUAGCCUCCUACAAAACUUUUAUUAUUUGUUCUUAAUAUCCUUAUGUAAGGUUUGUGUCUCAGUAUGAUUACUUAAUUCAGUAUAGUCAUACUUUUCACAAUAAAAAAUAAAAGAUCAGAAAAACCA